AUGGCGCCUGCCGGUGCCGCGCCACGCUAUUUACGGUUCUGUUUCCCCUUUCUCUGCACGCGGACGCAGAAGCAGCACGAGGAAGCGCGGGCGACUGCGCCGUGGCGUCUGCCGGGAGCCUCUCGGUUCCCGUUCCGUUCCCGCAGCGGUGAUGGCCAGAAUCUGGUUACUGAAGACGUGACGGUGGUGGAGGGAGACGUCGCCACCAUCAGCUGCCGCGUCAAGAACAGCGACGACUCGGUGAUUCAGCUCCUGAAUCCCAACAGACAAACGAUUUAUUUCCGAGAUUUCAGGCCGCUGAAGGACAGCAGGUUCCAGCUGGUGAACUUCUCCAACAGCGAGCUCCGCGUGUCCUUGACGAACGUCUCCAUUUCUGAUGAAGGAAGGUACUUCUGCCAGCUCUACACCGAUCCCCCCCAGGAAAUUUAUACCACGAUUACAGUGCUCGUCCCGCCACGCAAUUUGGUAAUUGAUAUCCAGAAAGAAGUCGCCGUUGAGGGAGAAGAGAUUGAGCUGAACUGCACUGCCAUGGCCAGCAGACCAGCCACCACCAUCAGAUGGUUCAAAGGCAACAAGGAGCUAACCGGCAAGUCGGAGGUGGAGCAGUGGUCCGACAUGUACACGGUGACCAGCCAGCUGGUGCUGAAGGUGGGACGGGAGGACGACGGGGUCCCUGUCAUCUGCCUGGUGGAUCACCCUGCUGUCAAGGACUUGCAGACACAGCGCUACCUGGAAGUCAUGUAUAAGCCUCAAGUGCGGGUGUCGCAGAAUUACCCGGUGCAAGGCCUGACGAGGGAAGGGGAGCCGCUGGAACUGACCUGCGCAGCUUUUGGCAAACCACAGCCUACGGACAUGAGGUGGUUAAGAGUAGAUGAUGAGAUGCCUCAACACGUUGUAGUGUCUGGUUCAAACCUUCUCAUUAGUAACCUAAACAAAACAGAUAAUGGUACAUACCGCUGUGAGGCUUCAAACGCGGUGGGGAAAUCACAUGCGGAUUACAUGCUGUUUGUAUACGAUCCCCCCACAACUAUCCCUCCUCCCACAACAACCACCACCACUACCACCACCAUCCCUACCACCAUCACAGACACAACGGCGACGACAGAACCGGCAGUUCACGGCUUUACUCAGUUGCCCAAUUCCGCAGAGGAGCUGGACUAUGGGGAUCUCUCAGAUUCUCGUGCAGGUGAGGAAGGGGCAAUACGGAGCGUGGACCAUGCGGUGGUUGGUGGCGUCGUGGCCGUGGUCGUGUUUGCGAUGCUUUGCCUGCUCAUCAUUUUAGGGCGAUAUUUUGCCAGACAUAAAGGUACAUACUUCACCCACGAAGCCAAAGGAGCAGAUGAUGCGGCCGACGCAGACACAGCCAUCAUCAAUGCAGAAGGAGGACAGAACAACUCCGAAGAAAAGAAAGAGUACUUCAUCUAGAGCAGCCUUGGUUUCUAUGAGGUGUCCAACCGUGGACGGUUACUACUGGCCCUAUUUAAACGCUAAAGAGACAGCGAUAUUGGAAGUUGCAACCAGCUUGUGUCUUUUUUUUUUUUUUUUUUUUGAGAAAAAAAAAAGCAAAUGGGUGGAGAGCGGUGAGGCUGGGAGGGUCCGGGAUUCGCUGUGUAAAAAUAUUCCUCGUAAAGUACACUCUGCUGUUCGACACCUCAGUUUGUUUGGGUUUUCUUUUUUUGGCCAAGUCCAGCUUGGAUUUAGUUUAGUGAAGUCAUUUGCAGAAGAUUCUGUGCCUUGUUUAAUUUCUGUUCGUUGGGGUCGGGGGGAGGCUGGGAAGAAGAGGGGCUUCUGUGCGUUAGUUCCCGUCAGGUUUCUGUGGCUCUUCGUUUCCCCUUCCCCGUCCCGUUCCUGGAGUUGCCUGCCGGGACCCCUUGGAGUAGGUGGCUUUCUUGGAAGGUGUUUCUCUUUCUUUUUCUCUUCACCGUUUCCGUUCCGAACUCGAGCUCAUCGGAGGAGAACCAGCACAUUUUAGAUUCCGUAGUUUGCAGUUCAGUGUGCCCAUGUCCCAUUCCCUCUAUCGUCGUCGAGGCUUGGAUUAAACGAACGACGAGAACCCGUUUGUGGCUGCCCGUGUCCCAGGUGC